AUGUCUGACCUAGUUGCGAGAAUUUUUCACCCUGCAUUACGUACUCUCCCUAAAUAUGCGUCUAUGUUCCAACAAGAACAUCUUGAUGCACUGCGAGUUGAUUUUGAUAUACUUAAAGAUGAAUAUUUCAACGUUGAAAGUCUUGAAAUUGAGGAUGACUGCGUCAGAACAUUUGUUGAUAAGCUGCACGAUGUUAUCGAAAUACCGCCUGCCGCUACAGGAACAAGCGAUUCUAUGACUGAUACACUGAUAAACGAUCUGCUAGUUCGUGUUGUCAACUUUGAUAAUUGGCCCUUUAAAGUUAAACUUGAACCACCCCUCAAACUAUUCAUAACUAAUGGAUCUGUGUCAGCAUCACCUGAAUUUGUGGUUAAUAAGAAAAACAUCGCUUUUAUAUGUGUAGAGAUAAACACUUUAAACAUAUCUACUCCUUGA